AUAUAUGAUUUUGGACAAAUGAAACGUUGGAGCAUUUGAAGAGACAGCGGUGGUCGAGGUGCAGCUCCUCCAACUCUCCCCCCUCUCGCCUGCGUGGUGAGGGGAGGACGGGGGUGGGUUUGUGGAUGUGGAUGUGGAUGGGAACCAAGACGAGCUGGAGAAAAAAAAACACACACACACACAAGAGGACCCGUUAGAUUUGAAAAAAUGGACGCGGCCGGCGGAACGUCACGAUGCGCCGUCGCCACAAUAAAGCUCAAUACGCCGCUCGUGAACGCGCGCACUUGGCUCCCAGCAUGCCGCACGUCCGGAGGGAGCAGCGCUUACCAGGAACUCAUCCAAACCUGGAGCAACCCACCCUGCAGCAUCUGAGGAAGACACAGUAAGACCCAUAUUUUGUUUUUUCUUAGAAGUGUAAUUUCAUGCGUUUGGGGUCCAAAUCCAGAUUGAAACAAAAGGAGCAGGAGAGCCGCAAAAGGGGGGCGUUCAGUCUGUAGCACACUGUGUUGAGUUUAACCCUGUUGACCUAAUCUCCAGCGCUAAAUCUAUUCUACAUUCUCUCCUAGAGUGGCUUUUCCACUUUGAGACCAGUUUGAAGCUGAAUGUGUGGGGCACAGCUGCAGUAGUAAGAUGUGAAAUAAAGGCUGAACAUGAUCCGAUGGAAGCAGCAGCAGCAAGAACAGCAAGAUCAGCUCAGAUGUAGUUUCACUUGUGGCUGCUUGUGACCACUUUUUGUGAGGACAAAGGCGUCCAAAUGGAUCCAGAAAAAAAAACUGGGUACGAGAGAAAGAAGUUAUUGAGGAAAUUUGGCACACAGUUUGGUAUGAUUCUUUGGUGAUCUCUUGUCUCCCACGAGGCCUUUUCACUAGUUUGAGAUAUCACUAUUGGUACUCGUACCAGUGGAAAUUUGGGACUUACAUUUACCCCCUUUCUCUCUCUUCCUCGUGCAUUCAAACUGCAUUUUAAAUGAGGUAUAAUUAAUAGAAAGCACCACAGUUAUGAGAGGGUAUUUUUACUUCAACUCUUGAUCUGGCAGUAAAGGUUUUGAUGCUUGGCUGCUAUUUUCCCCACUAAUGCACAAGUCCAAUUCAAAAACUGGAGCCAUGGUGAACCCUUUGGCUGUAGGGCUCCUCAUCUAUAAUUACAGAGCUGCAGUGUGUCCAUUGAACGCCUCAGGGCCAGAGUGUUAGUGGUGUCAGUGUGGCCUUGGGCGCUGCAACCUGCCAUAUAGCCGCUGCAUGUGGUGUUGUGUGUUUGGCCCCGUUUGCUAUCCGCAGAUUACCAGCUCAAAAGGCUGAACAGUAGGGAAAAAAGCAUGCAUAGAAAGUAAAGGUGAUUAUUGUGUGGGGCUUCAUGAAGCCAGCAGCGUGGCUUCCAGCAGCCUGGGAUUAUACAGCACGGUGCCAGUAUGGAGCUCUUACAUAAGGCCUUGUUAAUCUGUGUUGGAAGCCAGACCUCCCUCUCACGCAUGUUUGAUUUGUUGUAAUGGUUAUUUCAUUCUGCGUCAAGUGGUGACGCUCUAGGAAAGUUCAUUUACUACAUUUCUGGACUUUCUCUGUGGCGUGACCAAUUAUGACUGACAUAUAUGCCACGGGAACACAAAUUGUGCGCAACCCAGGACCAAUUUUCUUAUAAACUGCAUUAUUGGUUUGGGUGCACGUGGAGAAAUUCCUCCAGAUUAAACGCACGGAUUGCGUAAAGCUACCAUCAGACUGAACAGGUGAAUACAGGUGGGAAUGACGAGUUUAAAAGAUACAAGAAAGGCUCUUAAUUUGAAAGGUCCUGCUGCGUGCACGGUAGCAUCCUUGUAGUACUCAUGCUGCAGAGUCAGAAGCUGCAGGUGCAAAGCUCUGACUCAAUGAACCUGCUGCUGAGCAACGCACGCUGACCUAGUGGGCACGGUUCCUACGCAGGGUGUUUUCCAGGGAUUUUCUCUUUGACCAAAAGAGAGAAAUGAAGGAACUCUGUGUUAUAAUGAAGAUGUCAUUCAAGACAAUUUGAUGGACUUCUCUUCUUAAAUUAUUAUUUUUUUCCUCUGCAGAAAUCUUCAUCCAAACGCAAACGAAAUGAGGACGAUGGCUUCUUACAACGUCCAGGUAAAUUUGAAAACAUGGAUGCUUUCAAUGACCAUCAACAAACUGUAAUGUAAUCGCACGAGACUUACACUGGCUUACAGUUUAUAAUGCUCUUGUGUACAGCACACACACACACUCACACACACACGAAACUAGAAACAGACGCAGCAGCAGCAACAGCAGCAGCACGCUGAGUGGAACUAAUCGAUUACUCGUGGAAAUCAUUUUUAAAUCCUUUCUGGAUCCUUUUUGUUAACAUGAAUGUUCCGCUCAGAUUUUACAGCACUUAAAGCAGCUUUUUAUUCUCCUGACAAACUAAUAAUGUACUUUUUUUCUUCUCUGUACAACUAAAGUAAACGAAGAGGUGUGUGCGUAACCGAGGCUGUCCCACGACUUCAAUGUUCUUUUCUCUCUUUUUACAAUUUAUGAUAUAUUUUAAGAUACGCAUUUUAUAGCCUCAGUAAAAUAGGAAUUUAUUGACCCUAUAGCAACGAGCAAAACCUGUAGGUUUGACCUAUACAGUGAAAAAAAGGAUAGCCUAUAGGACUAUAAUAAUAGACGCUAAAACACGCAGAGAAGUGGCUUUACGCAUAGAAAACGCAAAAACAGCUUUAUUUUGUGCCAAGUUGUCUCAAUUAAACUCGUGAUUUCCAGUCUGCAGUGUUGGUGUUAACACUCUAUUUAAAACCACAAACUAAAGAGCUUUAAUAAUCCCUAAACGGAGAUAACAGAAACAUGAAAAAGAAUAAAAAAAUGAAUAAUAUAAGUUAUUACAGUAUCAUGAUUGGCUUUUCUCUUUUAUUAAAUUUGCUAGAUCAGAAAAAUACACACCAUCAACACAUGAAACGGUUAUUACAUUGGGUGACGAUAAUUUGGUCCUAUUUUAACAUAAAGCAAUUUAAAUAAGUAGGAUUAAAAAAACAUCAAAUAACAGGUUUAAGUGACAGGAUAUUCAGUUUUCAAAUAAUUCAAUUUUUACCCUAUACGUAGAAUAUCAGAAGCAGCCUACUAAUCAGAUCUGCAGAUACACUACAGUAGAGAGAAAAAAGUACACUGCAAUAGCGUUAAAAAAACUAAAGAUGUAAAGUUUAACACAGCUUUAGUUGACUUCUUUUUGAGAGCAGCCUAUUAGAGUUUGCUGUGCGCAUGUGAGUCUCACUCUCGUGUUUAAACGUGUGUGUCACGGCCUGCAGACAGCAAAGUCAGCUCCACUAAUGCAGGUUUCUCUUUGGCAAAAAUCCAAAUGUCCAUGUUAGCUGCAAUUCAUCCUCCUUCGCGAGGACCUCUCGAGGAAGAAAACGGUUGUAGAUCAGAUUUUAAGUGCGUAAUUAUUUGUAUGGACUCUUACGUACAGUUUUUUUUUGGCCUGUGUGUGUGUGAGGAGGAAUUUGUUGUACUCGUUCAGCAGUGUACAGUGGCCUAUUUUCACAUCCUCUCCAUAAUGGCUGGUGUAUCUCUCUCUCUCUAUGUGUGUGUGUGUGUGUGUGUGUGUGUGUGUGUUAAUUAGGCAUCACACCUCGCUGCUAACGCAUUAAUUGCAGCGAUAGCUCUGACGUCACUCUCACGCAGACUCUCUCUCUCACCAAAAGUCAGUGAAAAAGCUAAUCUACCUACAUACGGGGAUUUACAUUUAACAUUAUACAUACACAGCACAGCCCUGCUUGACUGUGUAACAUUUACAUUAUAAAUAAAUAUUAACAUUUUUUUUUAAUUUGGCUUUUUCUUAAAUAGUAUGCAUUUUAAAUCACAGUUGAUGUUUUUCUGUUAAGGCUUCAUGCAUAUUAGGCUAAAGGGAAUUUCACUGUAAUGCACAAUUAUUUUUAAAAAAAAUUAGUUUGAUUCUUAAAAAAAAAGUGGGACCAUAUUCAAAAACGUCAAAUUAAACAAUAAGGAUUAAACUGGAAUAUACUGUAUUUAUUGGUUCUUUAUCACAUAGAUGAUUUCCAAAAUGUCAUUCAGCUGAAAUGGUAUUAAAAAAAUGUAACUCCACAGAAUAUUAUGCAUCAAAUCUGAGUUUACAAAAUAUAUCCAUUAAGCCACAAGGAUCUUGAAUAUUUUCUACUAUAUUUGGGACAAACUUGUGGUGAAAAUAAUAUUCAUACUCCAUUAAAUAAAUUUUAACUUUCUCAUUAAUUUGCAAAUAUUAAGUUGCUUAGACAUACAAUCUCAAUCUCUCUCACUCUUUAAAGACAAGUCUACACUGUAUAUGCCUUCUAUAAAUGCUUAAGUGUAAAGUAAUGAAUAUUAAAAAAAAAAAAAUAAAAAAAAAAAGAGUAUGGACUGAAAAUAUUCAGCUAAUAACACACAGAUAAAUACUCAAGUUUUUAGGAGGUUAAACACAUUAGAGAGAUGCUCCAAAAAGAAAGUGUUCAUAAAUAUUCAGUACAUCUGUAUUCCCCUCUUGUGCAGCUCACAUUAGUCCAGACUGGACUUUAAAAUAGACUGAAUACCUUUAUAUAGUGAUGGAGUAUUUACCCUGGCCAUAAAAAUGAGUGUAUGUGUUAAAUUUCAGGGGAUUUCCUCUUUGCAUUCAACUGUAAUAUUUUCUAUUUACACUGUUUGUGUAAAUUAUUCCCUGCAGUGCUGUUCCAGCCCCUCGUAAAGAUCUUUAUUGUUGUUGUCUUUAGUUCACUGGAUACUCGCCUUUAAUGCUUUGUUUUGAAUUCCUAUAAGAGCCUGUUCACAUUUCAGUGGUAUAAAAAACACUUAAUAGCUUGGAAAAUGUGUUUUCCCAGCAGUAUCCCCUGUGAAUCUUUAGUCAUGCUUGUUUUUCAUCUCAUUUCACUGAGGCGUUUUUAACACCAUGUGAUAAAUCAUCUGUAUUAAUACUGCAGAUUUAUGACCAUCAUUGUCAUUAUUUCCACCUUUGUGCAAAACACUGAAAAUUAGCUUUGUGUUUCUUUUCUUUUCUUCUUCUUUUUUUCUUUUUGGUGAAUUAGCCCUUUAAAAGAUUUUGUCCUUGUCACUGUUGGUCCUCACAGGUGUGCUGGAGGUUGCUUGUGUUUGUGUUGUUGGCAGCGAGGAGUGUGUGUGUGUGCAGGCCCGAGGGGUUGUCUGUUAUCUUUGGUUAUCUAGCUGUAUGAGUGACGUACAUUCUUCAUAAAGCUAGAUAACCGAAAGUAACAAGAAUCCCAUUACACGCCUGCACACCAAGAAGAAAAACUACAGCAAAACAAAAACAUGAUAAAGAGGAAGAAGCAGGAGAAGUGAGCUCAGAGGACGGGCACUGCUGAUGGAUGACGUGAAGGUAUGAUGCUGUUGUGUUACAUAAGGCUUGAUUAUAAUAAGAGGGGAGGGCUUUCUUAUGGAGGGUCCAGUGUGAAGCAGACACCAAAGAUCAUCAAUUGAUUGAAACUGAGUUAGAUGGUUAGCAUGGAUCUACUUAAAUACAUCUAUGUGCUUAUUCUUUAACUGUGAUAACACUGUAGUGGUGAGGGAGACUGUUGUGAGGAGACUGAAUGAGGUUGUGUUACAAAGUGUGUGUUUGUGUGUGCGCAUUUCCUCAUACUGCUCCAGCUCAUGUGAAUAUGGUGUUCAAGUUUUCUUUGUCCUCCUCGGCUACUGUAAGAAAAACUGAUUCCAUUCAACACAUUUUACAGAAAAAUUGAAAAAUUAUCUGGUGUAAUAUCCCUUUAAAUCUGUAGAAAAUCUCAAGAAACAGCUUUAUUUUCUAUGCAGAAAUAUUCUGACUAAUAUUAUUGAUACAAACUGGAUGUUUUCUUGACAUAACUUUAAGAAAUUAAAUAAAACAGUCUUUUGGACGGAGAACGUAAGUGGUAGAAUUGAUCUAAAGCCCAGAUUUAAGCAAAGUUUUUCCUCUAAAAUAAACAAAAUUGUAGAUUUAAUCGACUCGGUCUACCCGAUUCAACAUAAAUCUUGAGCCAAAUUAGCCUCCAGAAUAAAAAGCACCAAGACUUAAGUACACUAACACUUUUAGGAUUUAUAGCUUUGAUUUCAUAAGAUCUGAGGCCUCUCCAGCUAGGUUGCUUGUUCACUCUCACUCUGACAAAUUAAAGUAAAAAAAGGAAGACGUUCAGCAGCAUGUUUGCAUAGCUUCUCUUAUUGAUACUUAAGAAAUAAGAAGAAAGCCCUGAACUAUUUAAAAAAAACACACCUUCAUUUUGGUUUAAAGGAACAUCAGUCCAGAGUAUCCAGACUUCUCUUUCUGUCACAGGCCUCCAGCUUUUCACCCAUCUUCCUCCUGUCUUUGUCACACACACACAAACACGCACGUUUUCAUGCAAACAUACUGCACACUCAGGAUUUCCUUUAAUUGCACUUUGUUUUGGGGAGAAUUUGUCCCCAAUCUGUUCCUAAUUAACUCUUUUUGCCGUUUCAUCAAUGCUAGAUAAUUAGCUUCAUCUUCGUUUUAGCAGUUUUUGCAUUAAACGUUUUUUUUUUUAAAGAAAGGAAAUCUGUCUUAGUUGUCAUCCUUAGUUGUCAGUUUGAAUCACAGAGGGUUGAGCUUUAGCCUGGUUCAGACCCCUACUACUCAGUAAAAGGCCUCAAACCUCAUCAGUGUUAUUUGACAGAAUACACAAGGCCGUGUGUUGAGUUUGUACAAGUUUCAGGGUUUGUACGAAUUAUAACGAACGAUGACGUGCAGUUAGCAUCUCCUGUUAAUGCUCCACUGCAGCUGAUUUUACGCACUUCUGCUGUAUAAGUAAGACUCAGUGAAAAACAAGGCCACAGUGCAACACCAGUUUGUGAUACAAAGCAGAGGGGACAAACAGUCUGAGAGGCAAGGACUCACAUUAUCAAACUUUGCACAGUAAUCUUUACAACAACUAGCUUUUAAUUAUCAAUCAUCUGAACCAGAUCAAAUCUUUUAUUUCAGGUUAAUUAUUAAAUCGAUUUUCAAACUUUAAAAACCUCACAGAAACAUAAUGUCUGGAUUCAGCUAUAUCGUCAAACCUUUAAUCUUAUGAGACAGAAGUAUCAGCCAUUUUUUUGCCUUUUGCCCCCCAAAAAUGACACUGUACCCCCCACCCCCCCCAGACACACACACAUACACACAUGUACACACACACACACAUUCUCAACAUGCCUCCUCUUUCUUCUCCUGCCCCCCUCCACCCCAUUCAUUUAAUUUUAUUCUUUUGGUUUUUUUCCCAGCUAGGAUUCUCAGAUGGUUGGUUCUGAUUUGUAUGCAUUUGCAUAAUGAAUGUCAUUUGCAUGCUCAGGGGCAGACCAUACCAUGAGAACGGCUGUGUUGGUUGUUUGUGUGUGUGUGUGUGUGUGUGUGUGUGUGUGUGUGUUCAUGCAUGGGCACAUGUGUGUUUGUAAGUGUGUGGUGUAUAUUAAACACAUGUAAAUUACAUUUUUUUUUUUAAAACACAAACAGACCAUCAUUGGGAGUUGUGUUUGGCGCCCACACUGUACAAACACUUUGUUCUUCCUCUCUGACAUGUGUGUUUGUUUCUGUGUUUGCAUGUGUGUGUGUGUCCUCUACAUGUGCUGCAUGUAGGGCAACAAUCUGACGAUCAUGCCUCUCUCUGUUUUCCCGCCUCUCUUCCCUCUGUCUUGCUAACUGUUCAGCAAUGUACAGAGAAGACUGAAAAUAAGCGACUCCCUCCUCAAUCCCACAAUCCUCCUCUUCUUCGACCCCUCCCUUGCCAGUCUGUCCUCCUCUCCCACACGGCAAGUCACAGUCCUGCCACCAUCUUAGGUGUUAAGACUGGCACAAAAUGGCAGCUGAAAAAAGGGGAAUGUGGAUAGCCUUUGCUCGCUGCACCUUCCCCCACUUCAUGUUGGUCCCCCGCUCGUUUCCGCGCCAUUGGCUGCCUCAAGACACUGUUAAUUACUGCCAGUGUGUUAAUUGUACAGAUCGCCCCAAGAGACACGCGGGAAGGGAUGAGAUAGGAGGGAAACCGUGGUAGCUUUUUCAGUGUCGGGAGGCUGGCAUUUUUAAGGGCAGCUGCGUCGCUUUCAUUGUGCCCGUUGUCGUGAUGCAGACGCUGAUGAUCCACCAUUUUGGAAAAUUUCACAGAAAACGCUUGGGCUGCUGCGUUUCUGUCGCACUAAUUAUAAUUAUUCCAAUCGGGUUUGAUUACAAAGAGUUAAAAUUUGCUCUACAGGCAUGUGAAACACACACACACACAAGCGCACAAACUGUAUUUACACUGUAGGCGUGUGCACACAGCUUUGUUUGAUGAUGCGAAAAAGAGGAGAAAACACCUCCACACUCCCUGACACCAACAUGGAGCUGUAAUUAGCAACAUAGUGGUCUUCAUAAAUCUCCGCUUGUUAUCACACUUAGAUUUCUCACGUGUGCAAUAUGCUUCGUAUUUACUGGAAUAUGCUUUGUUCGAAGCAGCAACCGUGUUCCUAACUAAUAUUUCAACUAGUGGAGCAGCUUAAAUUCUCCUAGAAAUUAAAUUUGAAUCACAAAAAUAUAUAAACUAUUCCUUCUUUUUUCUUGUGUUGUGUUUGAAAGUAAUUAAAAUGCCUGGUCUGAAGUCAGCUGAGAUGUUAACCAUUAAGUUUAAAGUUUGUUUUCUAUUCAGGAGGUCCGAUAAGAGUAAAAAUGUCUUCAAGAAGGGUGUUCAAUCUUCCUGUUUUUGCAAACAUUUCCACAUUGAAUCUGAAUCUUGGCGUUAAACUCCAAUCUGAGUUUUCCUCUUUUUUGUCAGCUGUAAGAUGAGAACCAACAUGUAGCCCUUUUCUUAAACUUUGGGUAAUUUUUAGUGACUUAAAUAUGUUUUCUGAAUUCACACCGGUCAGACAGAUGCUGUUAGAGUCAGGUGGUUUUCAAGGUGGACUGUAGACAAACUCUCACAAAAGGACUUGACUGCCAAUUUGCAGCUCCCAUCGAGACUACCAGAGACGUCGAUCCCUCCUAUAAGCUCAAGGAGGAGAGGAGUAAUAUCAGUGAAUGACUUAGGAAGACAGGGGGUAGGAAGGAGGCGUGAGGGGGCAGACGGACAAGGAGAGGCAGCCUGCGACAGUGAGAUCUCAAUAGUGAGAGGCCUUCUUUGUGUUUCUGUGUGAGGUUUAUUUUGGGGGGCGCAGGGGUCCACUAAGAAAGGAGGGGAAGAGGAGAGGGUGGGGAUCCUCUCCUGGGCCUUCAGACAAGCGGCACAUUGUCCUCCCCAAUGUGUGGCGGCACUUGUGGCGUAACGCCAUUAUUUAGGCCAGUGGAGGGACUGGGGGUCUGCAGACCAGCUAAACCAAAACUCCAAUUAGACCCGGAUCGUCCUGAUUAAUGGACGAGGGAGAUUGGUAAACAAUGAUGGCCAUUGUUAACGUAACACCCCCCCCCUCAUCCCGCUGCUCCUCACACACACACACCCCUACCCCAUUGGUUUCUUUCACACAGAAGACCCCCAUCCCUGCUGCCCCUGACACACACACACACACACACACAUGCAGACACACACACAAACUGUCUGUAAGUGCCAGUGCUCAGAGGCCUGCCAUUAGCAUGCUAGUCUGUUUUUAUUUAACUUUUCACAGUCUUAAUGUAGAGUUCAUUUUUGCAUGCUUCAGGGCACGAAUGAAAACGUCUUAUCUUACUGGAGUAAAAUGAAUCCUGCUAAAGAAGAUUUGCAAAACAAAAAGUACAAAUUUGGCAAACAAAACUCUCAAAUCGAUAGAUGAACUCAGCUGGGUCGUUAUUUUGUGACCGACUGCUCGUAAAUGUCCCGUGUAUGUAAAUUGUGAUUAAUUAUGACAUACUUUUUGGGAUGAAAUAUUACACUUUAAUGUUGAGCGGGAUAACUGUGGCGUUUUCUUCAAAAAGCCGCGCUAAGCUCGCAUGUUAAUCACACACACCGUACCAUGCUCGGCUCUGCAUUUCAAUACGUCCUACUUUAUUGUUUUUUUUAAGCAUAUGCGCUGAAUAAUUAGCCACCGCAUAGUCCAAUCAGGGGCAUGCCAAUGUGGGGUUGCCAUGGCGACCUCAUCAGCUCUUACCCCCCCACAUCCCCUCCUCCUAUCCCUCUCUACCCCCUCUGUCUCCUCCUCCUCCUCCUCCUCCUCCUCCUCUCGCCUGGCUGCAAACAGGACAGAGAAAAAUAAAGCGUGGGAAAAACACUUUGGAGGCUCAGACAAUGAUAGUGUGGGGGAACGAGGAAGAGGAAGGGGGGGAGAAGGAGAGGAGGAGGAGAAGGAGGUGUGAUGUUGGUGAUCGGGAGAGCAGCUUGUGUCUAGACUGGUGAAUAUGGUGGUUUUGGAGUUUGAUGAUAUUUGGGGGUUGGGAGCAGAUUUCACCCCAACAUUUGGACUGUAUGUGUACAUGUGUGUGUGAGAGUGUGUGUGUUCCUCCUGUUACUGAUUUUCAGCGAACAGCUCCUUACAGUACUGUGUCAAAAAUGGCAGUAAAUCUGAUACAGCGAAUAAUGAGCUUCGUGAUAAUUACACUUGGUUUAGUCCAAACAAUGAGCCCGUCUUUAAACAUGUUGUAAAUCUAACUGUUAACACCUUAAGGAAACUUUCUGUCUGUACAAAUGAACUGGAUUUAUGUAAAGCUUUGUCCAAAAAGGCUCAUUGUACAUAUGCGCCAUGCAAGAAUCAUGCUGGAUUAUUGAAAACACGUGAAUAUGCUGAACUAACGAGCUGUAUUCAACCAAGAUGGCUCCUCCAGAUCUGUAUCUGUUAGUUGACUCCAGUCCUUGACGUAAUGCAGUGAAGUUGAACACACCAGUAUAAGAGCAAGUGGGCAACUGUUGUGUAUUUUGUAUUGUACACACAUUCUUAGAUGAUUUCAAAGGAUAUUUUUUGUGGAAUUGUUGCAUGUUUUGGUUGAGAUUGUGCUGAAUCUUUUACCUCUUUAAUGGGUCCGUUUUUAAUUUGUCCUCUGUGUCUCUUUUUAGGGUUUCUGACCUGUCUGCAGCAACGUCUACGGUGGUCUUCAGCUCUCUGCUCCUUGGACUGUGGCUUUGAUGGCCAUCGAUGUUCUCUCCUCACUCAGGACAGCAUCAUCUGUACUGGAGGAAAUACAGAUGUGUCUAUUUGUAGACGGAUUUCAAAGCUGGAUACAAAAUUGACUUGUUAAUUCAUCCCAAUAAGAAGACGGAAGACUCCAACAAAAGAGGACAAUUUGUUUGAAACUGUGAGAGAGAGAUUAAGACGGUGAGGUGGACUACCUCUGACUGCAUGUGCGUGUGCCCAUUUGUAUCUGUGUACGUGUGUGUCAUACUCUGCACUCUUAGUGAUUGCUCUGCACAGCUGGUCGGGGAAACAUCUGCACCAGAUUUCCAUGUAGGUCAGAGCUUGGAUCACUCUCUCUCUCUCUCUCACUCUCACUUACAACCAGAUACACAGAAAUCACGUCAUUUGAGAUUCAAACUAGUGUAAAAAAAAUAGGAUGAUGACAUUAGGUGAUUUUCUUCUUAAUUUAUUCUUAGAUCUUAAACAUUUUUUCUGUUUUAUUAUAUGUAGUUGUAUUCUGUAUGAUCUUGCUGAUUCAUUAAUCUUAUACUAGUUAGUUUGAAUUGAUUAAUUUUGUCUUUCUGUCUUAUGUAAUCAUUAUGUUUCAAUCAAACGAGUGACAAUCUGGAUUACUUGAAACACUUGAAAUCAUCAUGCUUCUGUUAUGCCACAAAUCCAUUGUUUACAGUAUAAAUUUUACAUCAUUUCCUCUCACUUAAUGACAUUUCCGAUUUUUUUCACACCUUUAUUUCACAGCUGUUGCACCUCCUGCUGUGAACAUCUGAAAUUAUUAGGUUCUUACACAAUUCUCUUUACUGCUAUCUAUCAUAUACAUCUUAUUUUCUGUUCUGUUGGGACCACAACCAUGUUUUUAUUAUGAGAGGUGUUAUUUGAAAUCACAUGUACAGCAUGUUUACUUUGUCUAUGCAAAAAGACCGAGCUGAAGGUUUUUUUCCUUUAAGUCUGCACUAUUUUUGUGAAGUUUGCACACCAGAGGUUUUAUAUAUAUGUAUGUAUACGGGUUCAGUUGCGUCGACAGUCCGAGGGGAAAAUAUGGGUAUUGUGAUGUUUUUUUAAAGUGCACUAUAUGAGCAUGUGCAAUUUCAUUCAUGUGAUACAAGAAGUGCACUAUUCAGAAUCAGUAUGAGGGUUCAUCUAUUGAUUUAAUCAGUAAUUGCACGAUCAGUCUCAGAGACUCAAAUCUGGAUUUUAUUUGUCAAAUCCGCCUCACUGUUGUGAAUGAAUACUGUUUUUCACUGUGUCAAGCUGGAGAAUAUUUGCAAUGGUGUAGUAUUUUAUAGAUUACUUUAUGAUGCACUGUAGACCACUGUUUCAGCGGUCUAAGAAGCGUUGUUUGCACAUGAGUUGUGUUUAUGUGUUCAGUGUUUGUACUGUGAUUGAAUCAAUAAAGUAUUAAUGUUUACAGCAAGACAAAAA